AUGAAUUCCGCCGCAAAUGACCAUGACGAGAAUCUGAACCCCCUGUUUGCCCGUCCAGUGCCACCUGAACUGGCCUUCAAUGAGCCCCGCAUUGUUUCGGACAGGCCUGGGUUAUCACAAUCGAUUGGAAGGGCCAUGUGCCGGCGUCUGCACAACUUUGCUCACCACGUUGCAUCGAGACCUCUGCUGUUUGUGACCGUUGUUUUCCUCCUGAUGAACCUCGUCAUUCUGCUCAUAUUCUGUUGUUUGCGUUGCCGCGUUCGUCGUAUGCACAGGGCUGCCUACAAACGCCAGUUGCGGUACGUUACUAAAACGUUGGACUCAGCUCAACGCCUCAUAAUUGAGUGGGCUUUUAUCAAGGACCAGAUCAUUGCGUGUCACAGCGCGGGAGCGAUUGUGAAGCCUAUCCUGGUUGAUCUUUGUCGCGUCUUAAAGGUCGUCGCUGUAAUGAUAGUCGCCCGAGCCUGA